UAAAGUUGUAUCAGGGCCACAGACUGGUUGUAUCAUCUGUAAAUUUUAUACCGUAGCUUUUAUUUCCGUUUUUGAGCUACCUGGUCCUCUUUAGUUUUUUGUCAGUUCUGUUUCCUUGCGAUCUUUGAUCUGUAUUGCGUUCAUGGCCGGGUUAGGAGGAAACGGUGAUGACACGGUUGCAGAGCCGGAGCUAGACAACCAUUUGGAUCUGCCACCAGAAAUCCUGAAAGCGAUUCAAGAGAUUUUCCCCAGCGAUGACCCGCUGGAUCGGCCGGAUUUCAGUGUGGUCGACUACAUUAACGCCCUCUUCCCCACGGAGCAGUCACUGUCUAGCAUCGACGAUGUCAUCUACAAAAUCCGCCAGGAGAUGGUGGCGCUUGAUCGGGAGAUUCGCGGGACAUUGCGCAUGCAGACGGAGGCGGGCGAUGAGGGCCAGCAGGCUCUGAAGGAAGCUCAGAACGCGAUCGCGCAGCUUUUCGUGCAGAUUAAGGAUAUUAAGCAGAAAGCGGAGAAGUCAGAGGAGAUGGUGAAGGAAAUUACGGGCGAUAUCAAACAGCUGGACCACGCCAAACGCCACCUGACAGCCUCCAUUACGACGCUCAACCAUCUACAUAUGCUCGUCAGCGGUGUUGACAGUUUAGAAGCUCUUCAGUCUCGACGUCAGUAUGGGGAGAUUGCCAAUUUACUCCAGGGUUUGAUGAAUGUAUUGGAACAUUUCGAAAAGUAUCUAGCCAUUCCAGAAAUCAAGCAGCUCGCUGACAGGUUGACCAAAGUGCGUCAAGAACUGGGGGUCCAACUGCUUAGUGACUUUCGCGAAGCAUUUUCAGGCACCCAUGCAAAGCAUGCCACAGCCUCUCAUCAGUUAGCGGACGCGUGUCGCGUUGUUUCUGUUUUGGAUCCUAAAAUCAGGAAAGAAUUGUUACGGUGGUUUAUCAAAAUGCAGCUAUCGGAAUACACUGUUCUGUUCCAGGAAUCCCAAGAUGCCGCAUGGUUGGAUAAAGUUGACCGCCGCUACAACUGGCUGAAAAUGUUUUUAGCGGAUUUCGAGAAGCGAUUCGGUGCCAUGUUCCCCGUCGACUGGGAAAUGUCGGAACGCCUGACAGUGGAAUUUUGUGAUAUAACAAGGUCGGAACUAAGCAAGGUUAUGGCCAGCAGAAAACAAGAAAUCGAUGUAAAUUUGUUAAUAUUUGCUAUUGAGAAGACAGUGGAGUUUGAGACAUUUCUCGGCAAACGGUUCCCAGGAUUCACCGGCGCAGUGGAUGAUGAAGAUGUUCCCAUGAUACUGCAGGGCGCGGCUCGAAUAAAACAGCAAAAACCGGUGGAAUAUCCUACGGACAAAAAUCCCUUUGAGCAAAUUCAACAAAGUGACACAAGCUUGAAGAGCGAAGUGAAGGUCACUAGUCUUCCACCGAAGUCUGCUCUAGCACCUUUCCAAGGAAUUAUUUCACGUUGCUUUGAGUCGUUUAUGGAUAUCUACAUCGACUCUAAAGAUCGAAAUCUCGGUGAAAUCAUGGAUAAACUGGUAGAAGAUUUCCGUAGCAAAGGUGUUCCCAAACCAACCGAUGCGGCCCUCCAUGAAGGCGGUCUCGGCAUCGUUCUUCCGAGUUGCGCCGAUUUGUUUAUUUUCUACAAGAAAUCCAUGCUACAGUGCACCCAGUUGACAUACGGUGGACAUGCCCUAGUGCAACUGGCCAAUGUCUUUCGUAAACAUCUAAAAUCUUAUGGUCAGCGGAUGCUGCUGAACAAUUUGCCGAAAAGUCAGACAGGCGUUGCCAGCAUUUCCGCGGCCACGACGGGAUUGAUCCAGAGUUUCCUAAAAGAGGGCGACAUGCUGAUAGCCCGUUUAACGGAGGAUGAGUUAAGAAAGAUUUGCAGUAUUUUGACCACGGCGGAAUAUUGCUGUGAAACCAUACAACAGCUGGAAGAUAAGCUGAAGGAGAAAGUGGGGCCGGAACUGGCAUCGGAGAUUGAUUUUUCACCUGAGCAAGAAAACUUCAAUAUAAUAAUCACUAACAGCAUCCAGCUGCUUGUCAACGAUCUGGAAGCCGCCUGUGAGCCAGCGCUCGUGGCCAUGAUCAAGAAACAGUGGCAGUCGGUGGAAGUUGUUGGUGAUCAGAGCGGCUUCGUCACUGCCGUUGUGUCCCAUCUCCGCACUACCCUACCAGUUCUGCGCAGCUAUUUGAGUUCUUCCCGAAAAUAUUUCACGCAGUUUUGCAUUAAGUUUGCCAACACAUUCAUACCAAAGUAUAUCGCGCAUGUUUACAAGUGUAAACCAAUCAGCGCAGUGGGAGCGGAACAGCUGCUGCUGGACACGCACAUGUUGAAGACCGUUUUAUUAGAUCUUCCCUCGCUUGGAUCUCAGAUCUCUAGAAAACCGCCGUCAAGCUUUACAAAAAUUGUAACGAAAGGAAUGACCAAAGCGGAAAUGAUCCUUAAAGUGAUCAUGACACCGCAUGAUUCACCAAAGGCGUUCAUUGAGAAGUACGUCCAGCUUAUGCCCGAGUCGGACACGAAUGAACUUGGAAAAAUUCUAGAAAUGAAGGGCGUGAAACGCGGCGAUCAACCAAUAUUCUCUGAACUCUAUCGAAAUCAAGCACCAUCCAGUUCCCAACAAAUACAUGGGGAUGGCGUUCCGCAUUCGGUGACCGAGCCAGAAUCCGGAAGAAUAAAAAAAUUAGAAAUGUUACUGAAGAAGAAACUCACUGAUUAUUAGAUAAAUUGCAUGUUUCCGGUGAGGAUGUUUUACGUUGAAAAUUUUCGACCAUGAAAUUUUCUAUCACAUGCACGUUUAUCUAAUUCCGCUGUGCUGCUAAUUAAAUGCAGUAACUGCAGAACAACGAACAAGAAAAUUAUGGUGUGCGAUUUUAAUUUUUAUUCACGGUCUUCUUUCAUUUU